AUGUCGAACAUCAAGAAGGUGCAGACAGAGGCGGACCGCCUCCUUAAGAAGGUAAAUGAGGGCCUCGACGCGUACGACGAGCUGCACGAGAAGCUAGCCAACGCGCCCAACGCGAGCGCCAAGGAGCGCCUCGAGGGAGAUCUGAAGCGGGAACUGAAGAAGCUACAGCGGCACCGCGAAGCCAUGAAAACCUUCAUGCAGAACGACGACUACAAGGAGAAAACGAAGAUGCAAGUGUCGCGCAAGAAGAUCGAGGAGCGCAUGGAGACGUUUCGUGCUAUCGAGCGUGAAAUGAAGACAAAGGCCUUCAGCAACGAAGGAUUAGCCUCUGCCGCGCUGGAGAGGGCCGACUCGGCCACGGAGCAGUGGCUGAAAGACGCGAUUGAGGAGGGCCGCAAGAAGAUAGAGCUGCUCGAGUACGAGGUGCAGAAGGCGAACAACGGCCGUGUACGACGUGGGAAGCAGCAGCAGCAGAAGUCCGAGUACCAAAUACGCCUCGAGAACCUGCAGACCCAUUUCUUCAAGUGGGAGUCACUGCUGCGCAUGGUGAACAACGAGGAGCUCGACACCGAUGAGGUGGAUGACCUGCAGGAGCCAAUUCAGAAGGUGCUCGAGGAUGACGUGGAGUUGGAGGUAAUGGAGGACAUGUCCAUCUACGACACCUUCGACAUACCGGAGCCAAAGGCAAAGUCCGUAGUUCCCUUCGACGUUAGCGAUUACGAGGAGAAGAAGGUACAAUCACCGAAGACGACGACCAAAGCUAAGACGCCAAUGUCCACGGUGCAGGCCAAGCCCAGCCCGUUCAUCACCUCCCUGAAGGAAAUGGUGGCGUCGCCGGCCGCGGCCAAGGCUUCGUCCCUUACCCCGGUCUCCCCGUCGAUACUGCAACCGAUGUCCGCGCAAGCCUCGCAGCAGCUGUCCCACGUUGUAAGCAGUCUAGCAGACAACGACAACGGCGAGGAGGAGCCAGUGCCUGAGUGGAUGGACGACGACAUGGACACCGCCAACGACGACACCUUUGGCGAUGAAGCCAUGACUGGCGGGGGCACGAUCGGCUCUCUCGCUGAAAUGGCCUCAGUGACGAACAAAGUGGUGCAGGACUGGGAAAAGCCGCAGAAGCCCAUAGAGUCGCCGGAACCGAGGACGGUGAAGGUAUCCGACGCCGGCCACGCAACACUGGGGGAGAGGCCAAAGCUGACUCUGCCCGCCGCGGCGCCGACACCGAACGCGUGGGAACGACGUGCUGCCGAGCAGCAAAGCCGACAAAAGGCACAGCAGCAGCAGCAGCAGCAGCAGAAGAACGCCUCCAAUGCUGCCUUACCGGUGACGCCAUCCUGGCCAUCCGCUGCGGCUGCCGAAGCGAGUGAGCUGGAGGCAGUGGCGACUCCGCUGGUUGCCCCAGCGGCAACUUCUCCGUCGACCCCGGCCAGCAGCACUCACACAGACCCCAUCCAGUCCUUCCCGCCGAUUCCUGGUGCCGCUCCCGGCUCCAAGUUCACACCCAAGAAGAUCCACGAACUCUUGGAUAUGUCGCUUGGCAACCUGCCGCACACGCUCGACGUGCAGCGACAGCGCCCUUAUGAGCCGCCGAACGCAAUUGACGCGAUCUCGUACUUUCCCCAGGAGGUGUUGCCGGUGCUGUCAAGCAAGGACGUCUAUCAUCACAUGGACCUCGACACGCUUUUCUUCAUCUUUUACUAUCACCAGAAGUCGUAUCAGCAGUACUUUGCUGCCAAGGAGCUCAAGGCUCGCUCCUAUCGCUACCACACGAAGCAGCAGCGGUGGUACCAGCGGCUAGAGAGGCCGCAGACGACGACAGAGACGGAGGAACGCGGCUCAUACACCUUCUUCGACUUUGAGGAGAAGUGGGACCACGACCGCAUCGACGACUUCCUCUUCGAGUACAAAUACCUCGAGAAUGAGCUUCACUGA